GCCUCUUCCUCUCUGACGCGUCAAAAUAAACCCGAGCGCUCUGCUGCCCAGCUGGUAUCAUCAUCAUCAGCUGCCGUGCCUACCUAGCCACCACCUACCUACACACCUAGCCACCUACCUACCUACCCCUGUGACCACGCAGUAGUUGGCUAGAGCAAGCUAGCAGUAGACACACACACAGAGAGAUACACGGAGAGUGAGAGAGAGAGCAUUGUAUUGUGUCUGCGUCUCUUCGCCUCCGUGCUGUCUUCCGCGGGUUUCUCUCUAUCGCUGUUGUGGGUUUUUUUGUUUGUAAUUUUUUUUAUUUUCUUCGCCACGACCGUUGUCCUCCUCGACAUCGUCUCUCCCGCAAUAUAUCCCCCGUUUCUCCCCUGCGUCGCUUGCCUUUUCUGUUGCGAGGUGUGCGCGGGAUAGGAGCUCGCAAACUGAACUCUGUUACAGUAUUUUUUAACAGCGGCACUACCCACCACCACCACCCACAACAACAACCCUUCCUCCUUUUGUCCCCGUACCGGCAGACUCGUGCAGCUGAUCCAAACUGCCGAGCAGAAGGAGAGAGCGGGUGCGAGAGCUAUUGAGCAGCGAGCCGCCCGGGCGAGCGAGAAGGAAAGGAGGAGAAGGAGGAAGAGGGACCUUCGUGGUGGAAAGAGAGCAAGCGAGCGAGAGCGAGAGAGAGAGAGCCGCCGCGGCUCUAAAGUUGGGACCGGGAGCAGCCAGCCAGCCAGCCUGCCCGCGCGCGCGCGCCGCCAGGGGAGAAGGUGACGGAGCGACCCUGGCACCAUGGUGAAGCUCAGCAAGUCCAAGACCUUCCAGGCGUACCUGACCAAUUGCCACCGCAAGUACAGCUGCGUGCACUGCCGCGCCCACCUGGCCAACCACGACGAGCUCAUCUCCAAGUCUUUCCAAGGAAGCCAGGGACGAGCCUACCUCUUCAAUGCUGUGGUGAACGUGGGCUGCGGUCCGGCGGAGGAGCGACUGCUGCUCACCGGCCUGCACGCCGUCGCCGACAUCUACUGCGAGAACUGCAACACCACGCUGGGCUGGAAAUACGAGCACGCGUUUGAGAGCAGCCAGAAGUACAAGGAGGGCAAGUACAUCAUCGAGGUGGCGCACAUGAUCAAGGACAACGGCUGGGAAGAGUGAGACGCAGCCAUCGGUGGAGCCGCGGCGGUCGGGACAAAUGAUGGAGCGGGGGCAGGAGGAGAGGAGGAGGAGGAGGAGAGGAGGAGGAGGAAGACGACAGGGAUUUGCUUCUUCAGAAAAUUUUUUUAUUUUUAUAAUUCCGUGAUAUUUAUUUUUGUUUUAUUAACCGAUCGUUAUUUUCUUUCCUUUUAGUUUUUUUUUUUUCAAAACGCUUACGCCCUAAACGGACCUUUUUCUCCCGAAACAAAAUCGAGCAAGAGCUUGCGUCACGCCGCACGAAGACCGCUCGACGAGAUGGCGAGUUGUGGCGGCGCGAGGCCACGCAACGACGGAGCGGGGGAACGGCUGCACUGGCUGGCGGGAGAGCGGCCCCUUGUUCCAGGCGGCGCCGUUGGCACGCGACGCGAUGACGCGCUACGAUGCGACCCCUCCCCCCCGUGUGUUCCCACGUUGUUCCGUCUUCUCCUUGGUAGCCCCCUCGCCACCACCCCCUCCCCCAGUGUGUGACGCCCGUGGGGAGCGCUACGAUCACAGCGUGCGGUGCUAUCGUGCACUAAAGUAACACGACGACAAAUGACACGGCCGUGGUAGGUUUUCGUGGUCGUGCUGCGCCGCUCCCCGACGCGUUUUGGGGUUUUGUACCACGCGUGCCGCUGUUCGCCACGACGUCCGACGUUUCGCCGCCACUUGCUGGGAUCUUCAGGAACCUGUUCAUCUUCAUGAUCUACCCACCGCAGGACAAAGAGCCAAGCCAUCGCGAUAUCUCUUGCCAUGUCUCGGCGGGCCGAAGAAACUCCCGAGCACAAAACGUGGGACGGCGUGCGGAACGGCGCGCGGUAACAACCCGGCGACGCAUCGGAGAGCUGUCCAACAACUCACAAAAAACACACACGAUUGGUAGCGAAAACCGGUACAGUUUUUAGACCGUGUCAGUGGCAUUUGUGGCUCUGGGUUAGAGGUCACUGCAAGGUUGUCGGGUUGAAGGCUUUGAUGGGCUUUCUGGUUGUGAUGGCUUAAAAAUCCGCGGGUGGUCUGACUUUAUCGGCAGAGAAACAGGAAAGAACACUUUGGUCUUUUGAUGCGAGUUAUUUUUUUUCUCUGACCUCGGAGGCUGAAAAUAAAAUAAUCGUGCCUGAUUGAUAGUGAAAUUUGGUUGCCCUUUGCAUUUGUAACGUGGAUUUUUUUUGGGAAUUUUGGCAUAUCCUUCUCCAAGGCACACUUUGCCGAACACCUGCUUUUAGCCAAGCAAUACGCAUCACAGAGAGAGCGAGCGUGAUGCAAAGUACAACUGCUGGCUUUUCACGCACCGUAGCUCUUUGCGAUAAAAAUCCUAAAAAAACUCGCUAUACUUUUCUUUUCAAAAUCUGCGUAAGGUAAACAUGGCGAGGAAGGUGUUGAGAGAAGAGUCUCUCAAACAUUUAUCAUGAGCGCUCCGGUGUAGUUCGUUGCAAAGGCGGGGGGGGGGGGAGGUUCUUGAAUCGUUGAAGUGAGAUCUACGACUGACCACGCGGGGACAAAAGAAAAAUCUGUCGCCAGUCCAACACGAUUUAAACUUGAUUUGGCGCAAAAACCGAUUUAGUUCAGGGUGAAAAGCGCUUUGCUUUUGUUAUUUUUUUUUAUUUUGACAGCAGCGGCCACAUUGGCUCCUGCCAGUCAACCAAUUCCCCGCUCGUAACUUAAUACAAAUUUAUUAUGAUGAUUAUGUUAACCUUCGUGUCGUCGUUUUUUUCUUUUCUCGAACUGGCUUGCAUCUUGUGACGUCGGCCAGGCCCCUAUCUCGAGUCUCUUAUCGACCUCUCCUGCCCCCUCCCAACGCGUUAAUCGCUUGGGUUGCCACCUGUCCUGCUUUUCCCAGGACCAUCUCUUUAUCUUUAUUUUUUUUUAGUUCACCAUCCGGGGAAAUCUGACAGUCCUUCCCAGGAUAUUAAUAAUAGUCCUGGUCGUUGCUAGUUGCAUAAUAAUAAUGUUACACAACUCAAGGCAAUGAAUUUACAAGUUCAGUAGUUCUUCCUCCUCCGGUAUUGUGAGGUAUUCAUCUUUCCAUGAUACUGGCCGGUAAGUUUUUUUGCAUUCUCAGAGGUGGCAGCCCUAGCUCUCGCAACUACAUGCAGUUUAAAUACAUAUAACUGUCUCCAGCCAUGAUCAAUCCACUGCUGGAUGAGCACCUCCCCAACCCCCUCCUCCCCGUUGCCCCACGUUAUGGCACGGCGUUAGUGCACACGCGCGUUAGUGGCAAAGGGAGCUGGCAUCUCGCACUGCGCGUGCCUACGUCUGUGUGUUACCCAACACCCCUGUCCUCUCUAUUUUAGGGGUUAGGGUUAUGUUUGGGUUUUUUUUAAAUUAUUAAAACUAUUAUUUGCACCCCCCCCCCCUCUAUACUUUAUCUUUGAUAGAAAAGUUAGUGGUCAUUCUUUUGUUUUGCACAAAUUAAACCCCCUCGGCAGAAUACGAAACACGACGGACGUGCCCUCAAAUUGGCACGCAACCAACCAACCAACAUCGCGUCGCGACCCCCUGGACGUGGAAUUUUGUCCGAACAAUAGGGAGCAGUUGUUUUUUUGGCUAGUUUGUCAAAGCUUCGUUUAGGAAUCCGUGUGUGUGUGUGUGUGGCGGUGUCUCGAAGCCAAAAUCGGUUUGUGGUUUUAUCGUGGACGUUCGGGAGGAUGUGAUUUCCGAUUUACGUGACGCGUUGCCGGUAGCCGCUGCGCGGACGCGUUAAUUUAGCUCGUGCGUCGCGGGAAGUGUUUGAGAACGACUUGGCCGCCACCACUGCACGUUUGCAGAUUCUCGGGCUACAAUUAGUUAAGUAAAACACCCCCUGAGGAAAGAGAAUCGUAUUAAUUUGAGCCUUGGGUUGCAUUUCCUAAUGUUCCUGUUGAUGUUGUUUUUUUGUAUUCAGUGGUCAUGCACAUAGUUUUUACAUAUUAGCGUGAGUGCGUUGCCUUACAUUUAAAAUUACAAAAAAAAACCCCUGUAAAUAUAUUUUUUAUGCUAUCAUUACAUUUUUUCCCGCCUUGUUCCACUUGUUUUUUUUCAGGGUUAUCCCAUUUAAUGCAUCCUACCGGAUCUUAAGCACUUUGUAACGACGCCGAAGCCUCUGGCGUUCUUUUUUUGUCUUUCCCUUUGUUCAUUUGAACCGUUUCUCUUCAUUUGGCCGCCUGUGCUGCCCAUCGCUUUGUCAUUCAUCCUGGGUAAAAGUCAUUUUGUAGCCAAGAGCAGCGAGGGUCUUCAGCGAGUGUUGCUGGGUACCGAAUCUUCCCCUUUGUGCACUACGACGAAUCGCAGCUCGAGUGUCGGAGCGGCGAAACAACCGAUGGGUUCCCAAUUUGGAUUUAUUGUUUUGAUGAAUAAAAUGAGUGCUGUCGUAUUUCGAGCGCAGAAGGGUUUUGGGAGAAUUGGUUGAAUGGAUGAAUAUUUGGUCGCACCUGCGUGAAGCUAUCCCUCUCAAGACGAGGGCAUGCGUGUACCAUAUUUACACGUCCCCUUGUUUUCGAGUUUCGGUGGACGGGGUAAACGAGAGGUGGGAGGAAUGGUGGCGCACCGCUGCUGGUGCACUGUGAAGCUGGCCGCCUCGGUUAGAUUCUCGGACGGGUCCAACGUUGGUGCCGAGUCAUUUGAAUUGGUCCUGUCCCACCCCCGCCGCUACACACUUAUAUAGAGUGGUGAAGUAUGUUGGAAAACCCCCUUGACUGGCAUGACGUGGGGGAGGCCUUCAACCAGCAGUGGUUUUGACAAGGCACUGAUAACGUCUUAUUUUAUUUUGUGAUGAGGAAAUUAUAUUUUUAACUCACGUAAGACUAUCUUGAUUUGAAGUUUAAGACUAAAACGAAACUUUUUUUAUUUUACCGGGCAAUGCCCGCUGAAUUAUGUUACUCUUUUUCAGAAGCGACCUGGCCACAAAUAAUAGCUCAACAAAGUGGCUUAUGUGGAAAUUUAUAGCAGCCAAAUACUCUUAAACGCGUGUUGAUUCUAAAUGUGGAGGGAAAAACCGGAGGUCCCGGAAGAAAUGUCCACGCGACCAAAGGGAGAACAUGCGAACUCCAAAUAUACAGGCGUCAGGGUCGCCUGUAUAUUUGGAUAUAUGUAAGCGGAGUAAUUUAUCCUACUUCAAAUUGGAAACGCAACAGAUGAACAGGUUAAUUACCCCCGUAUGGUAUCCUGGUGUGUAAUGAGUUGCCGGAUUGGAUUGCACUGAAAUUGAUUUACUACACCGAGAGACGGUAUACCAUCGUCCAAACAUUUGCAUUGAGUCGAUGGGAAGGUCACGUGUGCUUGAGAUCAAGUGUGGGUGCUCCCGCCUCUUCCCAAACGUCUGGCCGGUGUGGAAGAGUUAGACCAACGGUGCCCUCCCAGCGGAGUUCUCUUAGAGCUGUUAGCAGAGGCCCUUCCGCCAAUAUCCUGCUCCGUGGCUGCACCUUUACCCGUCUCCAAACAUUGACCCCCGACCCAAGCGUGCGUGUCUGGUCAUUUUAAUGGGACGGAGCAGUUUCACCCUGGGUGUUGGAGCAGUGAUGUUGACACGCAUGCUGCUGCCCUCGUGACCCCCCCUAAAUCGAGCUAACCGAUGUUCCUGGGAUAGAUUUGUCGUGCCUCCCAUCAAUCAUUUUUCAUGCAUCCCCCCCCUCCUCUCCCCGCUUCCCUGCUGCUCCCCCAGUUCCAUCUCCGGCCCAGCUUUCCGCGAGUACCGAUCCGGACGCAGUCGCACGUGUCCACGAGCGAUUAUAAUCGGCACGUCGGCGGCAAAAGAAAAGUCGGAAGCGUCGUUGUUAAGAGGGAACUGCUGUCCUGGAGCUUGAAAUCCACCCUACCCAAGCUUCUGAUUGUCGACUCGGGCAUCUAUGUAGAUGAUGCAAGAACCUUCGCUUUAUUUUUCCCCGUUCCUGGGGCCACGGUGGCCUCAGAACCGGCCAUGCGUGUGCCCUCGCGCGCGCGUCUCGCCUCUGGCUGUGCGCUUCUCGUCGUACACACUUCGAGGUAAUGUUCCACUUGUACAGACUUUGUAUUUGAUAAUUUGUAUUUCUGUAUAAAUAUUUAUCAGUAUUUGACAUACUUAUACAUAAAGGAUUUGCUGUGUUGUGCAUUAGUUGUGACAAUAAAGCCUGCUUUGAAAAAUG